AUGGCCACAUCGACACCCGCAACAUCCCACCUCCUCAAGCAAUCUGUGAAGCUUGCCCUUGUGCAAUUGGCAUGUACGGCAGACAAAGCAGCCAACCUGCGACACGCGCGCACCAAAGUGCUCGAAGCCACCAAGCAAGGAGCCAAAAUCGUGGUGCUGCCCGAAUGCUUCAAUUCGCCGUACGGAACAAAGUACUUCCCAAAGUACGCCGAGGAACUACAAGGCGCUUCCAAAGGCUCGCCGCCGACGCCGGAACAAAGUCCCACGUUCCACGCCCUGUCGAAUCUCGCAAAGGAGAGCGGCGCAUACAUCAUCGGCGGUAGCAUCCCCGAACUCGUCCCAGCAAAGACAUCCUCUACCCCCUCAACUUCCACCACCACCACCACCACCAACCCAACCACCCCCUCAAACGAUGACGACUCCGCCCCUCAACCAAAAUACUACAACACAAACAUGACCUUCUCCCCCACGGGCAGCCUAAUCGCCAAACACCGCAAAGUGCACCUCUUCGACAUCUCGAUCCCACACAAAAUCACCUUCCGGGAAUCCGACGUGCUAUCUCCCGGAUCCAAAAUCACCCUCGUCGACCUCCCCGAAUACGGCACCAUCGCAAUCGCAAUCUGCUACGACAUCCGCUUCCCGGAACUCGCCACCAUCGCCGCGCGCCACGGCGCCUUCCUGCUCGUCUACCCAGGCGCCUUCAACCUCGUCACCGGCGCCCUCCACUGGGAACUCCAGGCCCGCGCCCGCGCCGUCGAUAACCAGGUCUUUGUCGCGCUGUGCAGUCCCGCUAGGGAUAUGCACGCCGAGUAUCAUGCUUGGGGCCAUAGUUGCGUUGUCGAUCCUAAUGCUGAGGUUUUGGGCAUGUUGGAUGAGAAGGAAGGCGUGCUUGUUAGGGAUUUGGAGCGAGGCAGGAUCGAGGAGGUGAGGAAGGGCAUUCCGGUUUAUAGUCAGAGGAGGUUCGAUGUUUAUCCUGAUGUUGCUGAGGGUGGCAAGUUUGAUGAGGAUUGAUUGAGGUGAUGCGUUGGAGGUGCGUUUUGGGGUGAGGCUUGUUCUGCCUUCUUCUUCUUUUUUUUUUUUUUACUUUUUUCUUUCCUCGUUGGUUGGGAGGGGUGGUGUGUGUGUGUGUGUGUGUGUGUGUGUGUGUGGAUUUGUUUUGGUGGUUUGGAUAUGUGCCCGACACCGCAUGGUCCUAAGCAGAAAAUACAUAUGUAGUUGAAGGAUAUAGUGUGAGAGCAGCGCUGGCGACGGACGACUAGAUACUUCGUCCAAUGUGCAACCCACGCAAAUAUAAGCAAAGUCAACAGAUAUUCCAAACAUGUAACGGUUUGAAUGAUGUGAGCCAUCACGAUGAUUAUACGCCGGUGUUAUGCGCCA